AUGAGGCGGAUGCCGCAGGGCAGCCGGACCUGGGUUUGGAGGACCAGGUUUGGAGCUUCUUUUCAGCGUGGUGUUCUUCUGAAGAUGCAGGAUACCCUAGACCAGGGCCCUGGCCGUGGCUGGGCAGCUUGGGGUGCAGAUAUCCACCUGCACAAUGCAGCGAGCCCGCACCAGGAAGCAGCAGGAGUGGUAGUAGUUGAUUCUGGUGGCGCAGCUCCAGUGGACACGAUGCAGCGAAGGUCUGGCAUCUGGUUGCAGUCCUGGCCGAGCGCAGUGGCCGUCUCGCUGGUGAGCCUCCGGGGCGUGAGCAUCACCGGCGCUGGCUCGAAAGACCUUGCAGAGGCAGGCUCCUAG